AAGAAAACCCUAAGGCCCAUGAGCCCCAUCCUCUAUCUUCCAGCUCCCUCUCACGUGUGUUCGAGCCGCCAAACACUCGCCCUCGUCUUCUUCAUUUCCGGCGACUGCGCCUCCUCUCCGACGCUAUCGCUGCAGUCUCAGGCGUGUGAAGACCCUCGAUUACUCUGACCAGCGUUUUUUUGUUCUUCACCGGCGAGCCUAAAUUCACUAACCACCACGUCAUUUUGAUUACACGCGGCGUAAGGCGGUACCUUACGUAGUGACGCGACGGGCAGUGUGCUGCCACCACGAGCAUACUGCUGCGAUCGACACGAUUUUCUGAUGGCUGUGGGUGCGACGGACCUCUUCACAGCCAGCGAUUAUGCGUUUUGACUGCCACGGUGGAACAACUUGCUGCCGGGUAGAACUAGUGGCGAUUCUGAUCUUGGAGUCAUACCUUUCGUCUUCCUUCUCUCGCUGUUACGGUUAGUUUCAACAUUACACGCUUUCUAUAGAGGGACUGGUAAGGAAUUAUUGCUUUAGGGAGAUGGGAGCUCUUGCCCCCGUCGUGCCUUGGACUCCUGAAGAUGAUAUUCUGCUCAAGAACGCCGUUGAGGUGCUUCCUUGGAGUCCCUUGCCAAAGGUGCUGUGCAGUUUUCUCGAAGAUACACAGUAAGAGAAUUGCAAGAACGAUGGCAUUCUUUACUUUAUGAUCCAAUUGUAUCCGAAGAUGCAUCUAUGUCCAUGAUUGACUUCGAGCGUUCUUCUUCCAUUCUUCCGUCCAAGUUCAACAAAUUUGGGAAUCCAAAAGAAACCAAAUAUAUUGGUGGGAAGAGAAAAUCUGGGAGUGUACGCCAUUGCUACUAUGCUUUGCGUAAAAGAAUUUGCAAUGAACCAUUUAAUAACCCUAUGAACCUGAGUUUUCUUGUUGGACCCAGUAAUAGUAACUAUGUUGUUGAAGAGCCUAUGUCCGGAAAUUGUAUCCCUCCAAUAUCUGAUGAUUUUGGACUUCAGAGCUCAGAGCUGGGGAUCUUGCCAUGUGAUUUCUCUCAGAAUGUGAUGAAUACUGAUGAUGUGGAUCACACUUUUCAAUCUGGAUGUCAAGGUACAGUUGAAAAGCAUUUUCCCAGGAACCUGGAUAAUGGACAGGAGGGAAUUUCUCACAGUAUGAGAGAGAGUCUGCCUCCUUCUGCAAUUGAUUCUCAUGUUGAGGAAUUGGCUCCAUCGACUGACUUUCCAGUCCAUAGUCUCUUUGAAAAUGAUUUGGAGGCAAGACCUUCUACUUUUGGGCAACUGAGCAAUGAUCAGAGAGCGAUGGGCUCUGAACUAGAGGAUAACAAUGUCUUUAACUCUCCUGUUUCUGAAUCUGGUGCAUCAUUUCACAAUGUUGAGUACUCAUCUCCGCUUCCUGGUAUGCCAAUAUGGAGAAAUGCCUCAGCACCAGCCUUGCCAAUUGAUGUUGGCUUUGCAGAUAAGGAUAUACCUACAAGUAACUCUUUUGAACUACCUGAUGAUGAUGGGAACAAAAACAUUCAAAAUGCAGGAGUAGCAGGCUAUGAUGCUUACACUGACUUAAAGUUGAAGACUGAAGUUGAGCAAGAUCAUUUGAAAAGUCCAAAUGCCACUGCUGAAGUUUAUCUUGCUGAAUUGUCCAAUUCCCUUAUGAACAUGAGCAAUGAGGAUGAGCUACUUUUCAUGGAUGUUGAUGGAAAGGAUGCGCUUGAUAAGUCAUAUUAUGAUGGUUUGAGCUCGCUUUUGUUGAAUUCACCAAAUGAAAUCAAUCAUGAUCAAACAACUAAUGCAAUUAAUUCAGAAACAAUGUUACCAACUGAUACAAUGGUAGAUCCCCCCACAGCAUGUUCUGCAGGGUUAUAUGAAAAAGGAUCCCACUGUGGUGUUGGACAUUUGGAUUGUACUUCUGAAGCUCAUUCUUCGCCAUCUGCAUCUUUGAACAGUCAUUGUCCUGUAAAAGCUGAUGAACCUCUUUUUUGCACUUUGAACACAGAAGACCCAGACAUCCCGAGCAAUGAUGAUGUUUUUCUACCUCCAUUGUCAACAAUGGCUACGAUGGGAUACAAUUUUCAAGAUUGCAUCCAUACUACCUUUUCAUCUACCAAGGAUUUCACUUAUAAUGAAAAAUCUGGUGAGACUCAAAACCUUGGGAGGGAGAGGAAAAAUCAUGGACAAUCUCGUGUUCGAUCGGGAUUGUAUGGUUUUUCUGAAAGAGGUGAAAAGCAUCCAGUUGGUGGAGCUGGUGUUAAUUAUAGAUCAUCCCAUAGCAACGCCAGACACUUGCCAUCUGUGAGUAAUGUUGGCUCCAUAAAUGGAAAUAGUGAUGCUGCCCUUCCUGCUGUGCUCAAGGAAGAGAACAAUGAAAUUUCCCGGGUAAAUCAUCUUGGUGAGAAUUUUUUGAAUGCUCAUGCAGAGAAGCCAGGCUUUGAUUCUGACAAUGUUAGAAUAUAUCCACCAAGUGCUGCCUGUGACAUUAAACAGGAACCAAAUAUAUUGGCUUCUUUGAAAGAUCAUCGUUUAUCACAGGAAGGGGGUACUAGAGGUACUUUUGGUGUUGAACAAGGUGGACUAUCUUCGACAUCUGAUCAAGAAGAGUUAUCUAUUGACAGUGAAGAUGAUGUACCUCAUUUUUCAGAUAUUGAAGCAAUGAUACUUGAUAUGGACUUGGAUCCAGAAGAUCAGGAUUUGUAUUCAAGUGAAGAAGUCUUAAAAUAUCAACAUGUGGACACAAAGAAGAGAAUCAUACGACUGGAGCAAGGGGCUAAUGCUUACAUGCAAAGAUCUACUGCCUCUCACGGGGCAUUAGCAGUUCUAUAUGGUCGAUAUUCGAAGCAUUACAUUAAGAAAUCAGAGGUUCUAUUAGGUAGAGCAACCGAGGAUGUCAUUGUGGACAUUGACUUGGGAAGGGAGGGAAGUGGUAACAAAAUAUCUCGGCGGCAGGCAAUUAUAAAAUUAGAUCAGGAUGGAUUUUUCUCCCUGAAGAAUCUUGGUAAAUGCUCAAUCUCUAUAAAUAACAAGGACGUAGCCCCUGGUCACUGCCUGCGACUUAAUUCUGGCUGCUUGAUUGAGAUAAGGGGAAUGCCAUUUAUAUUUGAGUCAAACCCAACUCGUAUGAAGCAGUAUGUGGAUAACAUAGGCAAGAAGAUAUCUCACAAACAGGAGUAUCAAUCAUGAUGAUAGACGACACCCUAGUGGCAUGAACAGAGAAACAUACCUCGAUUUAUUCGAAGGUGAUCGUUUUUUCUGCACUUCAUGGGUUCUUUAGGUAUGCUGUGUUAAGUUGUUUAUUUGGUAUGCGAUUAGAAAUUCAAAUUCUAUUUGUUUUGGUAAUACCAGUAACUAUUUCAUAUAUUGCUUUGUGAUUCAACGUCUUUCUUCUCAAUGAGGUUUCCUUGGACUGCUAAAGAUCAGAAACAAUAGCAACACUUUUGCGGUGAUCGUUUUGACCAGUAACAUCAGCAAGGAACUGUCCAACGAAGUGCGAAGAUAUAGGUAAAUCGAUUCUCAUUCUCUACCCAUCCUGGCUACCACACCUGACUCAAACCUUCAUUCUGGUUAGCCCUUUGGAUAUACGAGUGAGUGGUUUCGGUAGGCCCUCCGGUUUCACCGGACUGUUCCCAUCGUUGCACUUCGUAGCCCAGCAGCUAAAGUUGCUAUUUUCUUGGAUAGAGCUUGAGGUCAAAUUGGAGGUAAUUGAUGUAGGAAGUCUUUGGGACUUUCUUAUAUUUCUUGUGAAG